GACUCUGUUAAUUAAGCGCAACUGCGACGCAAGCGUGCGCCACAACAUAUUUGUGCCCACAUAAAAUGCAUAAUUUACGCCCAAGUAAAUACUCAACGUCUGUUAUAGUUUACUCAAUUAAUAAAUAAAAGUAAAAAGUGGAAAAGAACUUUCAAAUUAUAGCUGAGUGCAAAGUAAAAUUGCGCUUGAUAAUAAGAGCAGGACAUUGGCGCAUCCUCGUCGGCUCCUGCGGCUGGUGCUGCUGCACUCUCGUGUGAAAACAAAAACAUUGGCUAAACUUUUUGAAUGCUGGCAUCUUUAACUGCGUAGUAUCCAGAGUAAAGACGGCCAUUAAAUAUUUAAAACUGAUUCAGCGCUAAUUGAACGUGGGAGCUGCGUAAUACCCAAAGCAACCGUAACGGCAGCAACUGCAACAUUCAGAGUCUUGGAAGCGCAGAGUCUUGGGAAGGCCCCGCUAAUAAAUAAUUGAAGAAAGCUGACAGAAGAUGCGAAAGCGCGUUGCUUAAGCCAGAGUCUCAAGAUAUAAAAAGCAUAAAAAGUCCAGAGUCAUGUCCAAUCUGCUUGACAUGGACAAAUCAAACGGGAACGGCGUCUAUGCGGCCGGCAGUUGCCACAUGGACAAUGUGGCUGCCACAACAGCAACAACAACAGCAGCAGCAGCUUUGAACAUAAAUAAUAUUAUGAAUGGGGCCGCAGCUGCAGCGGCAGCAGCAGCAGCAGCCGCCACGCUGCCCACGUCCGCCUCCAGCGAGGACCUCAGCCAGAGCCUCUCCGAGUACACAGAUGCCGAUGAGAGCAUAUCAGCGCCCACAGAGUUUCUCGCCGAGUUUCUGUCUGCUGUCAUGCUCAAGGACUACAAGAAGGCUUUGAAAUAUUGCAAAUUGAUACUGCAAUAUGAGCCAAACAAUGCCACGGCCAAAGAGUUCUAUCCACUCAUACUGGACAAGCUGCGUGUGGCCGCAUCGAGCGACAGCGACGAGAAUUACAAUAAAUCUUCAUCACCUGAGCUGGCAUUGGAUUUGGAGGCGCCGUGCGAGGAUAGCGCUAGCAGCCAGGAGGAGGACAAUGAUGAUGAUGUCGAUGAUGUGGACGACUGCGAUGAUGUGGAUGACGAUGAGGACGACGAUGAUGAAAUUGACAAUGUCGAUGUGGAGGAGGAGAGCAGCAGCAGCGGCGAUGAUUACGAAUUACCCAUUGAUGAGCAACAGGACCCGGCUGCGGCAGACAGCCUCGCUGCGCAUAUAACUCAUUCACAUUCACAUUCACAUUCGCAUUCGCAUUCGCAUUGCCACUCCCACAACGAUUCGGGCUCAUCGCGCAAUUCGUCGAGCGGCGGCGGCGGCCGCAGCGACAAUACCACACACUCGUACUCUAGCCUGCUGCUGGAGGAGGAGGACGACAUUGUGCCAGUCAAUUUGCAAUUUGGCAACAAGGAGCCGAACGCAACAGAUUUGGAUGUGAGCAAUGGCAACAAGGUGGCAUCGGCUUCAUGCAGCGAUUCGGAGUCCCCCACAGAGCCGCUCACCCAACGUUUGGCAGCCAUUUUACGCUCCAAGUGCGGCGUUUCGGCCAGUAAGGAUUGAGCAGCUAACAUAUGCAUAUAUCCCAUAUACAUAUACAAGUGUAUGUGUGUAUACCUACAUAUAUAUAUCUUUAUACACACACA